CAAGAAGAAGGAAGCAAAGCUUAGAUCAGGUUGCCAAGUUUAAAGAGACACGAUGUCAGAUGACGCUUUACAAGCUGUCCGUGUAAGGGGCUUCAGUCUCUCAAAGAGUGAGAUCAUUGGACUGCUUAUCAGAUUGUCCAUCGUUGGAGCCGCAACAUACUAUGGAGUGAAAUGGAUCGUCUAUGCCAUGGACCCUACCAGAAAACAGAAACAAGAGGCUAAACAACAAGCAGAGAAGCUGAUGAGAGCAAUAGGACUCCCGCUUCACUCCAGUCUCACAGAGUAUGAGCUGUCCAUAGCCACUCAGCUGGUUGACCCCUUGACCCUAACCAUUGCAUGGUCAGACAUCGGUGGACUACAAGGCACCUGCAAGGAGAUUAAAGACACUAUUUUACUCCCUCUGAAGAAGAAACAUCUAUUCGCUGGCUCUAAGCUCAUGCAGCCCCCUAAAGGUGUGUUACUCUAUGGACCACCAGGUUGUGGGAAGACCAUGAUAGCCAAAGCCAUUGCCAAAGAUGCAGGAUGCCGUUUCAUCAAUCUGCAAGCUUCUAACCUGACUGACAAGUGGUAUGGGGAAUCCCAGAAACUCGCAUCAGCUGUCUUCUCACUGGCUGCCAAAUUCCAACCCGCCAUAAUCUUCAUCGAUGAGAUUGACUCGUUCCUCAGAUCAAGAGCAUCACAUGACCACGAGGCUACAGCUAUGAUGAAGGCUCAGUUCAUGACUUUGUGGGAUGGUCUUAUCACAAAUGAGAACUGUGAGGUGAUUGUAAUGGGAGCCACAAACAGACCGCAGGAUGUUGAUGCAGCCAUCUUGAGAAGAAUGCCAACCUCCUUCCAUAUAGGCAUGCCAGACAAGGCUCAAAGGAGACAUAUACUUGAGAUCAUACUCAGAGAUGAAGAGAUUGAAAGUGAUGUAAAUCUAGACCUUAUAGCUGAGAAAUCAGAGAACUUCAGUGGCAGUGACUUGAGAGAGAUAUGCCGGAAUGCCUGCAUGUAUCGCAUCAGGGAUCACAUUGCUGAAGGAGAAGCAGCCAGCGAUGACCUUCGACCUCUGAGUAUGGCAGAUGUCUUAUCGGCAUUAGGGAAGCUAAAAGAAGCAAGGGUGCAACAAAAUUACAGCAUACAACCUCUAAGCUCACUUCCUCUGGAUUAGUAUUUUUCAAUUUCUUCUUUUUUUAGAAAUUAAUCAUUGAACUCUUGGUGGGCUGUCCGUAUACAAGACUCCUUGUUGACCACUGCAAGCUUGAAGUAAUACCAAGGGGUGUCGAGAUACGUAUGUGUGGAUUUUGGUAAUCUCUGAAAGCGAUAUGUUUAAAUUCUUUAAUGUUGUUGAUAGAGCAAUUUUUUCAAGAUUGGUCACAGUUAUUAACAGCUGCAAAUUUUUUUUUCUUUCUUUCAUUCUCCUUUUUUUUUGGUUCUAAAAUAGAACAGUAAUUAAUGAAGAGGUGAUAAAAAACGCUUGAGUAUAGUGAGUACAAUCAUAUUGAUAGAUACUGUCAGGAAAUUUGAAUUGUGGAAUUCUUAUUUAUGUACUUAUAAAAUUAUGUCCAUAAAAUCUGCAGAAACCAUGCCUGCUGAACUUCUUGUGAAUAUUUCCUUUAUUGAAGAUUUGGGAAAUUUGAUUCCUAGAAUGUUUAUUUCCACAAGUUUUGCCACCGAACUUCAGGAAGUUCACACAUGACUGGGGCUACUUCUACAGCCACAUACAGUGCAUGCUUGGAUUCUGUAUUUUUUUAACAUGGGCAAUAAAGUUGAGAUAACAAAAUUAUGCAGUAAACAUAACAACUGAUGAUGCACAUGUUAUGAUGAUCGGGUACAGGAACC